CUUCCUGGUCAGCUGCAUUCUUAUCAAAGGCGGUAGGGAUUCAGGAGCUGUCUGCUCAGGUGGAGGGCGGACCAAGAGACCCCCAGAGAAACUUCCCAAAGGACUUGGCAGAUCUGACCAUGCACUGGCUGUGGAAGCUCCAGCAGGUUUGCAUCCGAUGGGGGACCCAGAUGUCUAGUCGCACUGUCCACCUUCAUACCAAGCAACUGACAUCCCUGCAGUGGGGUCACCAGGAGGCCCCUGAGAAAUUUAACUUUGCUAGUGAUGUGAUAGAUCACUGGGCUAGCAUGGAAAAGGCUGGCAAGCGACCUCCAGGCCCAGCCCUCUGGUGGGUGAACGGUGAUGGGGAUGAAGUAGUGUGGAACUUCAGCCAACUGAGGGAACUCAGCCAGCAGGCAGCCAAUGUCCUUUCGGGGGCAUGCAGCCUGCAGCCUGGGGACCGUGUGGCGGUGGUGCUGCCCCGCGUGCCUGAGUGGUGGCUGGUGACUCUGGGCUGCAUGCGAGCAGGCCUUGUCUUCAUGCCCGGGACUAUCCAAAUGAAAGCAAAGGACAUCCUCUACAGGCUGCAGGAGUCUAAAGCUAGGGCCAUCGUGGCUGGGGAUGAAGUGUCCCAGAUAGUGGACACCGUGGCCUCUGAGUGCCCUUCUCUGAAAAUGAAGCUACUGGUAUCUGAGAAAAGCCGGGAUGGGUGGCUUGACUUUAAGACUCUACUACGAGAAGCAUCUACCAAUCAUUGCUGUGUGGAGACUGGAAGCCAAGAAGCAGCUGCCAUCUACUUCACCAGUGGGACUAGUGGUCUUCCGAAGAUGGCGGAACACUCCCACGCCAGCCUGGGCAUCAAGGCCAAGAUGGAUGCUGGCAAAUGGAUGGGCCUGCAAGCCUCUGACAUAAUAUGGACCAUAUCAGACACAGCUUGGAUACUGAACAUCUUGACUUCAUUUCUGCAACCUUGGAUAGCAGGAGCGUGCACAUUUAUCCAUCUUUUGCCAAAGUUUGACCCAGAAGUCAUUCUAAAGGUGCUGUCCAGCUACCCCAUCAACAACAUGGUAGGAGCACCCAUCAUUUACCGGAUGUUGAUACAACAGGAUCUUUCUAGUUACAAGUUCCCACAUCUACAGAACUGCUUCAGUGGUGGAGAAUCCCUCCUUACAGACACUUUGGAGAACUGGAGGGCCCAGACGGGACUGGACAUCCGAGAAUUCUAUGGCCAGACAGAAACGGGACUCACUUGCAGAGUUUCCAAGACCAUGAAACUCAAACCUGGUUACCUGGGAACUGCUAUUCCCCAUUAUGAUGUGCAGGUCUUGGACGACAACGGCAAGAUCUUGCCUCCUGGUACACAGGGAGACUUGGGCAUCAGGGUAAAGCCCAUCAGACCUAUAGGCAUCUUCUCUGGCUAUGUGGACAAUCCUGAGAAGACAGCAGCCAACAUUCGAGGGGAUUUUUGGAUCCUUGGAGAUCGGGCAAUCAAGGAUCAAGAUGGCUAUUUCCAGUACCUGGGGCGGGGAGAUGAAAUCAUUAACUCUAGCGGGUACCGGAUUGGGCCCUCAGAGGUUGAGAAUGCACUGAUGGAGCAUCCGGCUGUGGUUGAGACGGCUGUAGUCAGCAGCCCUGACCCUGUCCGAGGAGAGGUGGUAAAGGCAUUUGUGGUCCUGGCCCCAGAGUUUCUGUCCCAUGACUCUAACCAGCUCACCAAGGAGCUGCAGCAGCACGUGAAGUCAGUGACAGCCCCAUACAAGUACCCAAGGAAGGUGGAGUUUGUCUCAGACCUGCCCAAGACUGUCACAGGGAAAAUCCAGCGGAAGAUUCUUCGAGACAAGGAGUGGAAGACAUCUAGGCAAGCUGGGCCCCAGUGAGACCUGUAUGGGCAUCACUUUGGGUGCUAUACUUCUACUUACUUUCAUUUCCCUUUGGGCCUUCUGCCUUCCUCUGCGGAUAUGAGAUUCCUCAUGACAAUACAACAGAUUUCUCUCUUUCCCUGGUUAUUAGCAUAAAAUCUUGCCAUAUUAGAUUUUGAAAGAAGAAAGUGAGGGAAUGAAAGAGUGGAAAGGAGACGGGAGGAGAAAAGAGGAAAAUCAGAGUAAAAAUGAAACCGUGGGGGCGCCUGGGUGGCUCAGUGGAUUAAGCCGCUGCCUUCGGCUCAGGUCAUGAUCUCAGGGUCCUCGGAUCGAGCCCCGCAUCGGGCUCUCUGCUCAGCCGGGAGCCUGCUUCCCCCUCUGUCUCUGCCUGCCUCUCUGCCUACUUGUGAUUUCGCUCUCUGUCGAAUAAAAUAAAUAAAAUCUUAAAAUCACAAAUACUUCCCCCAGUAUUCCUGAGCCUGAGCUGCUCUGUUUAAAAAAAAAAAAAAAAUGAAACAGUGAAAGCCAUUCGGAAAGAAAAGGAGGGAGGCAGGAAGGUGGUGGGAUGGAGGAAUAGGGGAAAGAGAACCGGAGGAAGGGAGAGAAAGAGAAGAAGGAAAGGAGGGAGGGAGGAAAUAAAAGCUCAAUAAAAAUCGUAAGAGUGACUGAUGAAGAAAAAUGAUGGAAGCUGGGAGAAGGGAGAGCAACUAACGAUUAGUCUCGCAGACAGAAAAACAGACAGUGGCAGAGUCCAGCAGAACCCUGCAUCUUAGGAAGGAAAUGAAGGGUCAAAUCACUUCAUCUCAACCCUGGACAAGGGUCCAUACACACAGGCUCACGCACAUGGAUAGGACAGUGGAGCCCUCUCCAAGUCACCCCAAACCUCAGGACAGUCAUGACCAGAGGAGGGAAAUCUCCAUUGAUUGAGCACGUGCCAUAUACCAGACACUGUCCUAGGAAUUUUAUAAAUACUAUCAUGUUUCACCUCUGUGUGGCAUUUACAAACCUUGGAACAUAGGUGUAAGAACAAUAUAGGCACCUCAAAGAAAGUGUCCCUUCCCCAUGGCUCAUGUUUGUGGUAGUAUCUCCUCUUCCUAUAAUCACGUAAUAAAAUUAUUUUACAAUCAA